AUGGAGUGCGACAAGUGGGUCGCGCUCAAGAUAGUGGAGUUCUUGUUUUGCGUGGCAUGCCUGGUCACGAAACGAGUGUCUACAGAUGAUGAGGCGCGAUUGGCGUUGCUAUUGCAAAAGUUAUCCCGAGAGUGGUCCUUGCUUACAUCAGUCACGUGGGACUCUGUUGGAGGCGCAUUUGCCGAUGCUGUAUAUGGAGGUUACGUAAUCAUAACGUUUGCCCUAAUAUUAGGACGGGUAUUUCAUGAGGUUCCAAAAGGACGAAGAAUAUUAGAAGGAGUGUUUCUUGGUUUUGGGACAAUAUUUUUUCUCAUUUUGGGUGGUCUAGAGCUCGCUUCUUUAGACUCAGUUCCAAACAAACUUGUAGUGAACGCUUCAAUACUAGGUUCACUGUCUCUCGUUGUUGCAAUACUCUUUCUAAUAGACUUAAUGGGUCCUAGAGUAUACACAGCAACACGACCUUCACAAACAGACGCCAUAACGUCUCCAAAAUCUGAAAAGAAAGUCUCAAUUAUCACACAGCCUACUACUAACGGCCAGCUAAUGAAUGGCAAACAAAAUGGACAUGUUCCUGAAAGACCAAAAGAUUUAGAUUUGGAAAAAGCCAUAGAAAAAGAAACUAAAAAAGAUGAACAAAGUUUAUUUGACGAACCUAAAUUUGAUUUUAUGAAUAUAGACAAAUUAGGUGAUAUUCCCAUUGAGAAAGAUCUAGAAAAAUCUAAGUUUGGUUCGUUGCGCAAUGGCAUCGAGUCGGGAAAUUAUGUUCGACUUACAGAGCCACUAUCGAUACAGCCAGACAAACUACAUUACGAGCAAGAACUUGCUAAGUUUAAUGAGAAAUAUUUAAGGGAUUACUUGGACAACGUUGCAGGGAGGUUGCCUGUUAAAGAGGACUAUUUACCGGAACUGCAAACGCCCGUAUUCUCUAAAGUAAAAACAGGCCGAUUGAAGAGCUUAUAUGACGACGCUUCACCGACGUAUGAACAAAAACGUCAAUCUAAAUCGCCAACACGGGCAAAGACUGUUGCAACUCCCACAAUACAACAGCUUGAGGAUUAUUUACGAAGUUCAAGUAGAUCGCGAAGAUCUGAGACACCAGCUAUCUUUCCAAUGGAGCCAAUAGAAGAAAGAGAUAGAGAAAUCACAGAUAACGAAGGGAGAGCGUCCGGAACACCGACGGAUCCAGGGUAUGUACAAUAUGCUGCGAAAAAAUGGCCAGAUAAAACAAGGGAGAUACGAACUCCAAGACAUAGCCCGACUCAA